GAGAACUGAACAGAACAAACGCAGUCAUGGCACCUAAAACCAGUGGACCAAUGAUCUACACUGCAGGACAAACUUCACUGACACAUAAGCUGAGAAAGCCAAUAGUGGAGAAAAUUCGGCGAGAACGUAUCAACAGCAGCAUUGAGAAGCUCAAGUCUCUUCUGAGCCAAGAGUUCCUGAAACAACAGCCCGACUCCAGACAGGAGAAAGCUGAUAUCCUGGAGAUGACGCUUGAGUUCUUCAGACGACAGCAGCAAUCCCAGAAUCCCUCCACCUGCUCUCCUGCAGUUAAUGAUGGUUACUUCAGAUGUGUACAGGAGUCCAUCAACUUCCUGACUCCGUGUCAAGUGCAGACCGAGUCUCACAGAAGACUCCUGAAGAUCUUCCUCAAUAUGAAGCCUUCAACAGAGAAGACGACGACACGUGUCCUGUCCCAGCUCAAUUCAGCGGUCUGUCAGAGCAGCAGCACAGAGAAAACUUCAACCUGCUGUCAACUCUGGAGACCCUGGUAGAGUCACAUGAAGGACACUUUGUGAUUUAUGAAUCCGAAUUCAAGAUGCCAGUCUGAGAUUGGCAUGGACUGUAAUUCAAAUGUAGGAAUUGAUUUCCAGCUCUGCUGCAUUGGCAGAUUGUUUAAAUACUUUCAGAGAAAGUCAAACUGUGUAUGGCAUUAUUGUUUUUUUUAGAAUAUUACAUUCAUGAAAUGUAAGAUUUAAUGUAAAGACAUUUGAGCUUUUAUAGGCUUUUCACCCAUAUUGGGUUUAUUUGUUCUGCAUCUAGAAUGUUUAUACUGCUUUCAUUUACUGAAAGAAUUUAAUUUACAUUUCAAUUAUUUGAAAUAUGUCUAAUGUUCUCAUUUUAUGUGAGAAAUGUUUCUUUAUUGAAAAGAUGUUUUAUUGUGCAUGAAAUGUUUCUUUUAAUAUCUUCAUGUGUUUACAUGAACUGGACUUUUCCCCUGUAGAGGGCAGUGAAGUAUACUCAGUCGAGUGAUUUGGAUUUUUAAGUGAAUUUAGAGUUUUACCUUCAUUGAAGGUGAAUAUUUAAUGUCUGUGACAUUCCUAAUACUUUCCAUUUCAAGGGAAGUACAAAUAUCAUUUCAUGAGUGUUCAUGAAUAUUUAAACAUGUAUUUACAUGUGUGGAGUAAGUUACUAUUGCUUAUGUUGUUUUUCUAAUGUUUGCUUGAGCAAAUGUGGACUGUAAGAUUCACUCAUAUGUGAAAAAACAAUCACAGUACAUAUGACAAUAAAUUGUACAAUCAA